UCGUGGGGAAUUUGUUCUCAUCCCACGGCCCACAAUUUCGUAUACGUUUAUAAGUAUCAUGCUUCGAGUGUAACGCUAAACACAACAUAAACAUAUUCAACAACAUCAUUCUUUGUUUCAAUCUCCCAACCAAAACACACAAAUCAUGGGUUUGAAGGAGGAUUUUGAGGAGCAUGCUGCAAAAGUCAAGACUCUUAAAGAGAGUCCAUCAAAUGAAGACUUGCUUAUCCUUUAUGGAUUGUAUAAGCAAUCCACUGUUGGACCUGUCGACACCAGUCGUCCAGGAAUGUUCAACAUGAGGGAAAGAGCUAAAUGGGAUGCAUGGAAGGCUGUUGAAGCGAAAUCCAAGGAGGAAGCAAUGAGCGAUUACAUCACUAAGGUGAAACAGCUGCUGGAAGCAGCUGGCGUUGCUAUUUGACAACAUCGUCAUGUCUUGCUUUCUAAUUCUAUGUUAAAUGUUUAAGUGUUUGGAAAAUAAAACACUGUCAGUGUUUGGUGUUUGAUCUAAAACUUUGAUAUAUAAUCUUAAUUUUUCAUUAUUGAA